AUUGACAUGGGCUGCGCACUUUUGCUCUGCCAAUAACCCAAACCAACAAUGCAGCCAAAACCUGAACGUGAACACAUUUAAUGUCAAAGUCAACAACUCCCCUCAUGGCGCUCCAGGGCAGCUCCGCGGAGUGUCCUGUUCGCCCCGCCGACCCCGCAGCUGCCCCUGCCGGCGUCACAAAUCUCCCUCGCCGGUAUUUCCUCGUGUCAGCUUUCGCCCUCAAACGCGCACUCAAGGCGGAGGUCGGCGUCCUUCUGUCCAUGCUCUUCGCGUCUCCACUUGGAUCACGGCGGCUCUUCGGGUUAUUCUCCUCUGAGGUGCAGGGGAUCACUGCUUCACAUCAAGCGCUUGCAGAGAGCCUGAGUCAUCAGAGGAAGCCUACGUUUCUCUUCUGCUUCAAGUUCCUACUUGUGCUCUGUCUCUUCAUCCUGUGUUACGCUAUGUCCAGCAACUCUCCGUCAUGGUUGUAUAAUGACAAGGGGAAUCUAGCUCCUCCUUACCGUGUCCAUCCAAGACUCAAAGUUAAACAAAAUGAAAUCCAUGAAAACAUCAAACCACAUCCUGUACAAACUGCUGUUCGAAAUACUUUUCCAUCUUCAGGAACUGCGCAUCACCUAGCUUACCCACGGAACUACCACUUUAUUAUGGAUAAUGCAGAGGUGUGCAAGAAUAAGACCCCUUUCUUGGUCCUGAUGGUUCCAGUGGCACCUCAAAAUGUUGACGCUCGGGAUGCCAUCCGGAAGACAUGGGGCAAAGAGAACCUGGUUCAGGGCGAGGUGGUCUUUACUCUGUUCAUGCUGGGCCUCGCUGGAGGAGCUCAUAUUGAUCUGGAACAGGAGAAUCAGCAGCACCAUGACCUGAUCCAAAGUAACUUCAUGGACACUUACCUCAAUCUGACGGUCAAAACUAUGGUGAUCAUGGACUGGCUGGCCACCCGCUGCCCUACAGCAGCAUAUGCCAUGAAGAUUGACUCGGACAUGUUCCUAAACAUUGAUAAUCUGGUAAUCAUGCUAAAGAUGCCAGGCAUCCCAAAGCUAAACUACCUGACAGGGAUGCUUAUGUGGAAUAGGCCAGUUGUCCGCUCGAAGGCUUCAAAGUGGUAUGUUCCUGAGGAGAUGUACCCAGAUCCCAAAUACCCAACAUACACUCUGGGCAUGGGAUAUGUCUUCUCCAAUGACCUUCCAGAGAAAUUUGUAAACAUAUCAAAAACAAUCAAGCCCUUUAACAUCGAGGACGCUUACAUUGGAAUGUGUAUGAAAAAGCUAGGACUUGCGCCCACAUCACCGCCGAAUCCCUCCCAGUUCAAGGCCUAUAACACAAAAUACAAUCGCUGUGAAUACUCAAAGAUCAUCACCUACAUCCUUGGGUCUUCACAAGAGUUGGUGAAUUACUGGACAGACUUGAAGAGGCCUGGACCACCUUGUUAGGUCAAGGAUUACUGUAAAUGCACCGAGGAGUCACUUGGGUGGAAAGGGUUAGGUGGCAGGGAAUUGGGGGGCUAACUUAUUUAUAGUUUUCUACUGUUCUGCUAUAUAAUUCUCCUUUUCCUCAUUUCAGAAAUGAGAAUUAGGAUUACCAGUUUGAAAAGGUUAGAGCUCCCCUAGCAAUUGCACUCUAAAAGAUGAAUAUGAAAUGGGGGAGAUGGUCAAAGGACAUACUUUAUUUAAACUCCUUAGGGUUGGCAACAAAACAAAUCUGAAGGAAAUGUUUAUUUUUCCUGAUGUGAAGUGGAAAUGUUAGUGUUUUUGCCCAUCAACUGCACUAUAGAUCAAUGUUUUUAUGAGCAGGUCCCUGUAUUGUUUGUUGGUUGUACUUGAAACAUGCAUGCCACAAGCACAAUGGUGCCUGGAUACACAUUUCUGCUAAACUGCAGGGUGGAGUAAUGCUACAUGAAAGUAACAAUGUGUCAAAAAGAGGAUGGGAAGACCACUUGAAGCUGAUGGUAAACUGUGCCUCAAGAGUACACCCUACAUUUUAAGGAGUGUGUGUGUGUGUGUGUGUGUGUGUGUGUGUGUGUGUGUGUUUACUAUAAGCACUCCUCAGGGUACCUUUUAAAUAACAAAGGACACAAGCCAUUGACCACUUGCAGAAAGGAGUAAAAGUUUAUAUUAUUUUAUUGUUCAUUUUGCAGAUGAAUGUAAUUUUUCAAAUUAAACUAUUAAAGAAGCCAAACUAUCAUGAAA